AUGGAGUGUUUGUGCCCAAACAACUCGUUCUCUAAAUUUGACAAAGCAAAGUUGAUUGAAUUUGCAAAGUUUUAUCCAAUUGAAUUUUCUCCAACUUCAUUGGUGUUGCUUGAUAGUCAACUUGAGACUUACAUCUUUGAUAUGCGUAGGAGUGUUGAAUUUGCAUCUUUGAAAGGAAUAAGUGAUCUUUCAAAAAAAAUGGUUGCACUCAAAAAACAUAUUGAUUAUCCUUUAGUCUAUGGACUUUUGAAGUUAGCAAUGAUUUUGCCCGUUGCCACAUCAACCGUUGAACGAGCCUUUUCUGCUAUGAAGAUUGUGAAGUCUAGAUUGCGUAAUCGAAUGGGAGAUGAUGGGAUGAAUGAUUGUCUCGUGACUUAUAUUGAGAGAGAUGUGGCGGACAAAAUUGAUGAUGAGUUGAUUAUUCAACGAUUUCAGAAGAUGGCACCGCGUAGGGGACAUUUGUAA